AUGGUCAAGUCCGCGGAGGAGAUGAUCGAGAAAUUCAACGAGCAGGUCAACAUGACCGUCGAAGAGCUUGAGGCGUGGCUCGAGACCAACAAGAGUCACCAGGCCGGCACAGGCGUUGGUCUCGAGAGCGGACACAAGAUUGUCGCCAUUCUGAAGAAGAACCCUACGAAGGAACCGGAGAAGUAUGACGAGGAGGAUCUUCAGCAUAUGAGAAAGGUGGUCGCGUAC